AUGAAUUCAGAUAGUCACAUCAUUCCUUUAGAGGAAUUGAAAUCUAGGUUCAAGACUGAUUUAGAAGAGGGAUUGACAAUUAAGUAAGUUCAAGAAAAUAUCUAACUAUUUGGAUAAAAUUAAGAUGAAUAAGAUGAAGCCAGUUCUUAUUUGACACUUUUUUUUAAACACUAACUCAAUUUAUAAAGCUUUGUUUUAUGGGGAAGUGCUUUGCUCUCAUUUUACAACUAUAUGUGUUUGUCUGAUGAGAUAACUAAUUUAUACUCUGGUUUAGUAAUAAUGAUCGCUAUUUUCAUAACCAGCGCUAUUUCUGUGAAUGUUGAAAGAAAUAAUGAAAAUACUUAAGCAAUUAUCAAGAACAGAUAUCAACCUUAAUAUACUGUGGUCAGAGAUAAUGUUAGAGUUGAAGUUUUCUCAAGAGAAAUUGCUGUUGGAGAUAUACUUUUUAUUGAAUAAGGAUAAAAUAUCCCUGUUGAUGGAAGAUUAUUAAGAGCUGAUUAAAUGAGAGUUGAUCACUCAGCUUUAACUGGAGAAUCUGAGCCUAUUCAACGCUUAGCAGAUGAAUCUAAUCAGAACAUAAUUGAAUCUAAAAAUGUUGUUUUAAAAGGCACUAAAUGUGUUAGAGGAUUUGGUAAAUGUGUUGUUAUUGCGGUUGGAAGUAGAACUAUUCUUGGGCAAAUUUGUUCUCUAAGUGUCGAAUAUGAACCAGAAGACUAAGAAUAGUAGAUAAAAAAAAUAGCUCAGCUACUGGUCUUGAUAGGACUCAUUUUAGGCUCAUUGUUAAUGCUACACUUGUUCAUUUUUAGUUCUUUUUCUCUUUCUCAAACUUUAAAUGCUAUUGUUGGAUUGCUUGUUGCUUUCAUUCCUUUCACUCUUCCCACUAAAUACAAAGUUUUAUAAGACUAGUCUUUAUUAAGUUUAUUGCAACAAAAUAUAUUAGUGAAGUAAAAAGAAACGCUUGUUAAGGCUUAGAAAGCCACUUGUAUUCUUGCAGAUAAGACAGGAACUAUUACUAUGAAUUAACAAGUUAUUUCUCAUCUUUUUUAUGGUUAAAAUUUGUUUAAAACAGCAGAGAAUCAUUUUGAUGAGGCCGAAAAUUUUAAUCCUGAUGACUAAGAUUUCUAAAAUCUCUAUAAAAGUGCUUCCUUAUCUUGUAAUGCAUCUUUCGUUUUAGAAGGAGAUCAAAAUAAUGUCGAUUAUUCUACAUGCAAAAUGCUUGGUGGACUAAGUGACUAAGUUCUUUUAAGAUUUUUACAUGGAGUAAAGAACGUUGAUAACUUUAAAAAGAAUAUUCAGUAUGCCAAACAUAUAGAAGGAAAAGCAGCUAAGUUAGAAUUUAACUCAAUUAACAAAUUUUAAUUUUCUAUUGUUGAAGAAGAAGCAGAAGAUAGUCACUAUGCUGUUUACUUCGAAGGUGGUGCAGAAAAAAUUAUCUCACUUUGCUAAUUCUACAUGAAAAAUAAUUCUAAAUUAGAAAUUGAUAGCUCUUUUAAAGAAAAUGUUUUAAAUUGUUUGAAACAAUUAGAUAAAAAAAAUGAAAGGGCUUUAGGUUUCGCCAAAUUACAUCUUCUAGCAAGUUAAUUCCCAAAAGGUUACGUCUUUGAAUUUGAUACAACAGAUUUACCUUUUUCUGCUGAAUAACUGACGUUCCAAGGACUUUUUAGUUUAAAAGAUUAAAUAAAACCAGAAGCCAAAUCUGUAGUAGAAUUUGCUAAAUAAAUUGGUAUCAGAACAAUAAUGCAGACAGGAGACUCGCAAUUAACGGCUCAAUAUACUGCUCGCGCAAUUAAUAUUUUACCUUCAAAUAUUGAAUCAACUUCAGAUUUGAUUGAAAAAGAUCCUAAUCUUUCUAUUGAGGAUGCAAUUAAUAAAACAGAAAGUAUUCUAAUUGGUGGAGACUAAGUGUUAAAAUUGAAAGAAAAGCUCUAUAUCAAUAAACAAAACCUUGUAUUUUAUAGAGCCACUCCAGAAUAAAAAUUUUAAAUUGUAAAAAAUCUUUAGUCAAACAAUGAAGUAGUAUUAGCAGUUGGAGAUGGUACGAACGAUGCUCCUGCUUUAAAAAGAUCAGAUAUAUCUCUAUCUAUGUACAAAAAAGGUACUUAAAUAGCGCAUGAAGCUUCAAAUGCUAUAGUUUUGGAUGAUAGAUUUGAUUCAGUAAUGCACAUGAUACUUGAAUCUCGUUACUUCAUGCUAAAUUUAAAAAAAACUAUCAUAAAAUCUCUAAGUCUAGUAUUUGUUGAAUUUGCUUGUAUUUUUGCUUUUGCUAUUUUCUAAAUUCCUCUCCCUCUCUCCUCAUUUAGUAUUUUACUAAUUUAAAUCUUGACAGAUGUCAUCCCAACAUUUAUUUCUUUGAAUCCUAAGCCAUCUGGCAGCAACUUAAAAAAGAUUUACUAAAAGGUAGAACCUGUAUGCAAGGAAACAUUUAUUUCUUCUUUAUUCUCAGUUAAAGUUAUUGCAUCUUUGAUAGUAGGUUUUGUUAGUUAUAUUUACACCUUUUAGUCAUUUGGAUUCAGUUCUGUGUUUGGCCUUGCAAACAUAAAAGGGUAUCAGCCACCAGCUUUCUAAAAUAAACAAAUAACAGGCUAAGAAGUGUUUUAUAAUGAAAAUCUCGAGAAAAUAUCCAGAAACUGUUUUGAGAAUUAAAUGUAGACAGAAUAAAUUAAAUUUGAAAUAGACUGGUUAAGCUAAAAAUAGAGACACUAUGAUUUAAGAUAAGUACUUCUGUAAUGCGAUCCUUAAACAAAAAAAUGGGUUCCAAGUGUGAAAUGGGGAACUUGCAACACCAACCUUAGUAGUUGCUACUCAACUCAGGCAUAUUAUUGGGCUUAAAUAUCAUUUUUUAGUUCAGUUAUUUUGGUUUUUAUUUCUUUUAAUUUAAUAUUUUGA